AUGGUAUCAGAUAAGCAAUCUCGUAAGGAUCACAAAGGAAGUAGUAAGAUUCCUAGUGAUGGGUCGAAACGGAAUCUUGGUGUUACUAAACAAGCAUCAAAUAGUGGCCUUAAGUUUAUGAUUAACACAGUAUGGAUCAAUGCUCACAAUUUGCUCGUCAUGGAACCUUUCAUUCGAGGAAUGGUAAGAGAUGUAACUGAGAGAAAAGUCCAAGAGCUGCUCUUUUCAAGAGAAAAGAUUAAUGAAGCUGCUAGAUCUGGAGUUAGAUCCUUAGAAUUGCGUUUUAUGAAUGAUGAUAAGUUGCCAAAGAUGACUUUUACCAAAACUAAUAUUGUUCCAAAGGGUGAAGCACUUCAAGUUGCACUAUAUGAUGUUAGAUCUCAGUCAAUAGUCAACGAGGGUCCCUUGUCUUUAAUAAAGAUACAGAUUUGUCCCAUUCAUGGUGAGUUUGAAUCUGGUGAGGAUGAAGAUUGGACUGAAGCUGAAUUCAAUAAGAAUAUCGUGCAUAAGAAAAAGAAUAAAGAGCCAUUGUUGGUUGGAGAUGGAGUUGUUACUCUUAGAAAUGGUGUUGCUUCUAUUUCUGAAAUCACGUUCAAUGAAACCUCUAGAUGGGCAAGAAAGAAAAGGUUCAGUUUAGGAGCAAAAGCUAUGGAAAAUGGAGAGAAUAUUAAGGAAGGUAGAAGUCAAGCUUUUAGGGUCAAAGAUAUCAGAGGAGAAGCUUACAAGAAACAUUAUCCUCCAUACUUGAACGAUGAAGUGUGGCGCUUGAAGAAAAUUUCUGAAAAAGGACCGUACCGCAACCGACUCCAUAGCUACGGAAUUAAAAAGGUUAAGGAUCUAUUGAGGUUACUCAUAAUCAAUAAAUCUUCAUUACAUGAGAUAUUUGGCAAAAUUCCAAACAAGUGCUGGUCUGAUAUUAUCGAACAUGCUCGAUUGUGUGUUGUGGAUGAGUACAUGCUUUACAGCUAUGAGAUGAUUGGACAACCAAUACUGCUUCUGUUCAAUGUGAUCUAUGAACUUGUUGGUCUCACAUUUGAUAAACAAAAGUUUUAUUUACCAAAUGAUGUCACACUCACACCCAAUCAGAAGAAUUUGGUAGAAAUUGUGAAGCAAGAUGCAUAUAAAAACAUUGAAAAUUUAAGAGCAAUUGAUGAGGCUGUAUUGAACUCCAAAAGCUUAGAAGCAUGUAUAAAAUCAACACAAGAUAUGCAAGAUUUUGUUGAACCAUUUAUCUCUACUUCAAAUGUUAAUGAUGGAAUGCAAAAUGUUGAAAUCAAUGUUGAUCCAGUGGUAGACAUUAGAGAAAUACGACAAAACAGUUAUGAUAAUUUAGAUGGUUAUUUUGAUGAAGGUGAGUGUAGCACUUUUGUUGAUUUACUGAAUUACGUAUCAAACAUAGAGAAACCAAAAGCAGUGUGGUGUAAGAUUCGUGCUGUUGUGAAAUGGGGAAUAAUAGUGAGAAGAGUUGCAGCAGCCAAGAGGAAUGAACCUUUGUCUAUUAUAAGGUUUAUGAUAUCAGUGCUAUUUUCUAAAGUUGAUGUUGAAUUUCAGUUACAGUGA